AAUCAGACUGUCAUAAAUACAACCUCACUUCCCCACACAUUCUCUUUCCUCUUUCCCAAACAUUCUCUCUCUAGGGAUUCGCCUCACCUCGCUUCCAUGGUCUGAGCCUCCCGCUUCUCCGCCGCCUUCCGCCGCCGCUCAAUUCUCCGCCGGCGCCGCCAUUCGCGAUCAGGUAAGCUCCGCUCUUCAUUUCCAACCAGUUUUCGCCAGCUGAUUCCGCCUAUGCUUGCAGAUCAAGCACCGUUUCUAGCAUCUAGGUCGGUUUCAAUUUUAGUGAUGAAUGCUCUGUAAUUUCGAGAGUUUUAGUUGUUGAGCUGCCUUUUGCGGCUGCAUUUAUCGGUUUGACUUGCUGCUGGGUGCUCUUUGCUCGCGUGAUUUUGAUGAAUUAUUGUUUUGCGGUGUGAAUUUUGUUUGAUUGUUUGGAUCUGAGAUUCAGCGGUGUGGUUGAUGCAAGUUUACGGCGAUUGUUCGCUUAGGAUUUCUAUGUCAUGGAAGACAGCAUAGCAACUCCAGCACUAAUGGACUCGACAGCCUCUAAGAUACAGCAGCUUCAAAAAGCAUUUGCUGAACUUGAGAGUCAUCGAGCCAUUACUCUCAAUUUGAAAUGGAAGCAGCUUGAGGAGCAUUUUCACGGGCUUCAGAAAUCUCUAAAGAGACGUUUCACUGAGCUGGAAGAACAGGAAAAGGAAUUUGAUACCAAGAUUGUCGAAUCUAAAGAGAUGUUGGAGAAGCGUAAAGCAGCUGUUGUGGCCAAGGAGCAAACUUCACUUGAAAGGCUUCAAGAGAAGAGAGAUGCCGCACUGUCCGCAAUCAUGACUGCUAUGGGGAAGCACGAGAAGCCGCUUUCUUUGGGUUCAGGAGUCUUAAGUAGAGAAAACAAAGUUGAAGCACCAUUUCUGGAGGAUAAAGCUUCUGAUGUGUCGGUUACUAAAUCCAUUGAAAACAUUAAAGCACUGGUUAAGUCUUACCCUGGGCUUGUGAAACUGUGCCAAGAGAUUAAUUCUGAGGGACUCCUUAAGUUUAUAUCUGACAACCGAAAGGACCUUGUUACUUUGAGAGAGGAAAUUCCUGUUGCUCUACGUGCUGCACGUGAUCCCGCCUCUCUGGUUCUGGAUUCACUUAAAGGGUUCUAUGGUACAGAUAUGCCAAAUUCGGAUGCUAAAAAGGAUUCAAACCUCAUAGGCCUUCGCCGAACCUGUAUAAUGCUAAUGGAGUGCCUCAGCAGCUUAAUCUUAGGUCUGGAUGUGGACUCAGUUUCUGGUAUUAUCUCAGAUAGUGCUAAGGAACGGGCAAAAGCUAUUGCCGAAGAGUGGAAACCAAAGUUAGAUUAUCUUGAUGUUGAUGCGAGCAAUGGCAAUUCAUUGGAGGCUCAUGCAUUCCUACAACUGUUGGCUACAUUUGGCAUUAAUUCAGAUUUCGAUCAUGAUUGCUUGUCAAAACUAAUACCAAUGGUAUCUCGCCGUCGCCAAACAGCUGAAUUAUGCCGUUAUCUUGGCUUGUCUGACAAAAUGCCAGGUGUGAUCGAUGUGUUGGUGAAGAACGGAAGACAGAUUGAUGCUGUCAAUCUAGCUUUUGCAUUUGAGCUUACUGAUCAGUUUUCACCUAUUUCAUUGCUGAAAUCAUACUUGUCUGAGGCCAGAAAAUCGCCAUCACCCGCAAAAUCCGGAAAUACAUCACCCGGUGUGUCUACACAGAAUGAUGUGAAUGAGAAAGAGCUGACUGCACUGAAAGCUGUAAUCAAGUGCGUCGAAGAUCGCAAGCUCGAGCAGCAGUUCCCUGUGGAUCCGCUCCAGAAGCAGGUGCUCGAAAUCGAGAAAGCAAAGGCGGACAAGAAACGGGCGACAGAAGUUGCGAAGCCACAGUCCAAAAGACCCCGUGCCAGCGGUGUUGCUCACGCGCCUCGAGCUGCGAACGCUGCGAGCGACAAGAACUUCUACGGCGGAAUGACUGAUCAGAGGUACCCGCAGUACGUCUACGAGAGACCGGCGUACGCCUAUGCCGGGCCCAACAACCACCACGUCCCGUCGUACGUCGGCGUCGGCACGCCGGCCUACAGCUUCUCCCCCAGCCAUGGCAGCUUCUUUGGGAACGCCUACCAGUAUCACACAGCCUACUUGCACUAAUCGGUAGAGAUGCUGAGACUCAUCAAGAUCCAUUAACUAUUAGAGUUGACCCUCCUCAGUUUGUGCAAUGUUCGACUUAUCAGCAAAGUUUUAAUAUUUGAAAAAAUGAAGCCGAAAAAAAAACCAGAAAAAAAAAAAGGAUUUAGCCCUUGUUAAUUUCUAGCCUGUUGUAAAAGCUAAUAUUACUAUCUUCUAAUAGAUGCACUGUUUCUAAUGUUUAUAA